AUGUGCCGCAUUUGUGGGCGCAUGGUAAAAUGCAUCUUUGAUUCAAUGCCCUCGAGGGUGCCAUCGUCACUACUAAACCCUGGCAGAUCUCUACGCCAAACUCGUCAGACAAGAUCUCACCAUGUAUCAUCGCGCACUCUCGUGCAAAGCGCCUUGAAUAUACCCUCGAAACCGGUGGCACCACCACCGACAUUUCUCCUCCCGUUUCGCGCAAAGCUUCACCAGACAAGGACGCAGCAGUCCACCACGACGCCAAUAUCUCAGUUCCAGAGCACCCAGCCCGAGAUUCCUCCCACAUACCUCUCAACCCCGACUGACCAAACGCCUUGCUCCGCUGCCGCGACAGUAUCUCCUUCGACCACGCCAGCGCUCGACCGUCCACUGGUGCUCUCCCGCUCCCUGCAAACCCUCCUCCCCAAGCUACACCUCCAAAAACCCCACUAUGUGGUCGCACACAUUCACCGCUUCCCCUACCUCCUCACGGAGGGCGACAUCCUCCGCCUGCCCUUCCACAUGAAGAACGUUUCCCCCGGCGACGUUCUGCGCUUUAACCGGGCCAGCAUCCUAGGUUCACGAGAUUAUACGCUCAAGGCCGGCGCCGCGUCCACCGAAUCGUACGACAAGCGCCGCACGGGAGAACCAAACUAUCUAGACGAGAGAUUGUUCGAGUGCAGGGUCCGAGUCAUGGGAAUCGAGACCGAGCCCAUGACAUUCAAGGAGAAGAAGAAGAGGCGGAAUCGACACAGGAAGAUUGUGCGGAGUAAGCACAAGUACACCUUGUGCCGCGUUAUGCAGGUCCGUGCCAAGGGUUUGGAUGAAUUAAUCCAAGGAGAGAAGGGGAUGGUGUUACUGGAAGGCCAGGAGAAGGCCGACGCCAACGCCGACGCCGACGCCGACAUCGCCAGUGCUUGA